UUGCCGUUAGCCCCGCUGUGCGCGGGCGGGAGGUGACGGGCCGUCACGGAGGGGAGGGGUGACGACGACACUUGCCUCGGCUCUCCUUCCUAAGGGGCCAGUGGCGAGAGCGGGCGGCCUGGUGGUGCCCCAGAGCGGACGGGCACGGCCCGGCGGCGCUUGGGGGCCUGGUCCCACCAGGACUGAAGGGGCAAACCUACCCUCACCGAGCAUCCUUGGCGUUUGCCGGAGGUUUACAGGAAAACGUGGGUGCCUAGCUUUUGGCGCUUAAUGCCUCGGCCGCUGUGUUGCUGAAGUCCACAUCUAAUUCACUGAGUCUUCCAGACAGAGUGUUCUAUGCUUUGACACCAGAGAGAUCUUGAUGCUCUGAAAUGAAGAUGGAGGCAGUGGGAAAAACAGAAGAACUUGUCGAUUCAGAAGUUCCACCAAAGACUUCUGAAAAGCAGGAGACUGCGCCUGAUGAAGACGGACCUAUAGAACUUGAGGCACAAAAUCAGAAGGACAACAUGCCCACUGCAGCAGACCCUGCGGUGCUCUCUUCAAUGCCUUGCUUACUGAUGGAGUUGAGGCGAGACUCCUCAGAAUCUCAGUUAGCAUCUACAGAGAGUGAUAAGCCAAUGGGUGGUCGAGUUUAUGAGAGUGACUCUUCUAAUCAUUGCAUGCUUUCACCUUCAUCCAGUGGGCAUUUGGCUGACUCAGAUACAUUGUCUUCCACAGAAGAGAAUGAGCCCUGUCAAGCUGAAGCUGCUGUAGAGGGAGACCCUUCUGCAGUGACUGAGGCUACAGUUGGGAGGAAAUCCAGACGAUCCAGGUCUGAAAGUGAUACUUCAACAAUGGCUGCCAAGAAAAAUCGACAGUCUAGUGAUAAGCAGAAUGGUCGAGUUACCAAGGUAAAAGGUCAUCGAAGCCAAAAGCACAAAGAGAGAAUCCGUCUCUUAAGACAGAAACGGGAGGCAGCUGCUCGCAAGAAGUACAACCUGCUGCAGGACAGCAGUACCAGUGACAGUGACCUGACGUGUGACUCAAGCACGAGUUCAUCAGAUGAUGAUGAAGAGAUUUCAGGGAGCAGCAAGACAAUCACUGCAGAGAUACCAGAUGGACCCCCAGUUGUAGCUCAUUAUGAUAUAUCAGACACAAAUUCAGACCCAGAAGUGGUAAAUGUGGACAAUCUGUUGGCGGCUGCAGUAGUUCAAGAGCACAGUAAUUCUGUAGGAAAUCAAGACUCGACAUCUACCUGGAGAACCAGAGGGCUGCUAGAUAAACUGAAUGCUGAUGCAGGUCAUUUGGAUCCAGGCUUCAUUGCAAGUGACAAAACCUCUUCUGGUAAUGCCCAGAUCACUGAAGAAAUUAGUAUCACCUCUUCUGAUAGUGAAGUAGAGAUUGUUGGAGUUCAGGAACAUGCCAGGUGUGCUCAUCCCAGGGGAGGUGUGAUUCAGAGUGUGUCUUCCUGGAAGCAUGGCUCAGGCUCACAAUACAUUAACACGCAGCAAAUACAAUCAUGGACAGCAGUGACUCCCCAGCAGAAUUGGUCUUCACCCCCAGAAGUAGUAGACCUCACUCUGGAUGAGGAUACCAGACGCAAAUACCUACUGUAACACAGCAUCGCUGUGUUUCUGUCCCCACCCCUUCUCCCUUUUGUGGCACAGAAGCUCACUGCUAAAACUUCGGCUUUAGAAGCUCUCUUCCUGGCAUUAUGAAACUCAAACUCAUGAAGUUUUUCAGUUCCAUAAGAAUGUAGUAUAAUUUCAAUAUCAUUUAGAAUGGCUUUGCCUUCUCAAAGGGGGAUUCCUCCCAGAAUGAAAAGCUAAUAGCACCAAAUUUAAAAUACAUUUACAGUUACUAAUGUGUGUGUGUGUUUAUCUGAAGAAAUAACUGUGUGCAAACUUAUGUGCACCUCCAACUUCAGAACGUUUUUAAUUUAUCAGUAUAUUGAGUUUGUUAGUAGAAGUUAGUGUUUUGCUGUGUGAGCAUCAGUAGUUUUUAGAAAUGCUGUGUCCUUGCUGAUUUCAGUGGAAUUGGGGUUAUUCAACACUUCUGAAAACUGGGCCAAGAGUAUUUAUACAGAAGCUGGUUUGGUUGUAUUACCAGCAGGAGGACUGUCCUUAAUACAAAUGGCCCGUAACAUAUGCACUGAACAGCUUUUAAUUAAAGAAUUUUUAUUUUCAAUAUAAUUUAUAGUUUACACUUUUUUUUUUCAGUGCUGAGUCUUCUGUCUAUUUGACUACUGUGUUUCACUGAUUGUUUCCUACAGCUUGUUACAGUUUAAAGUAGUAGUAGUAGUAGUGACUUGGUAGCAGCUGAUUAUAGCAAAAGCACAAGAAAAAGUAAUAAAAAGGUCCAGUGUCCCUCUUCCUUUUAAGUAGAGAUGAACUUUUUUUUAGCUAUAUCUUGCCUGGAGUAAAGGGGAGAAAAACAUUUUGCUCAUAAUCCUUGUCCCAUCUGUUCUUUAUUUUGCUUCACUGACUGUGUGAAAAAAAAACCACAAAACCCAAACAACAAAAAAAACAACCACUUUGCAAAGCCCCGGUCUGACAAAGCAGCUGUGUCGUGGUUAGCUCAAGCAGCUCACUGAAACUCCUGUGGCCAUUCAAGUGCUUAAGACUGUCCUAAAAGAUGCUGCAAGAUCAUAACUUACUGUUGUGAAGUUUUUGUUUUUCUUUUUAUGAUUUUUUUUUAAUUAGAUCUGUACCAUUUCACUGGCUUUGGGUUAUGUCUCUUACCCUAGUUUUUGAAAUGUUUUGGAGUAUGAUCCAGGAAAUACUUCCUACCAGAAUAUUUACCAAAAUCAGUGGAACUACUUACUUUAGUGGGCUGUAGUUUCUGUAGUGUAUCAAAAAAUUCCUGCCCCAUAUCUAUCAUUUUGAGCCUUUCUCAAGGCAAAAACCAAAGAUUAGAAUUUAACAGGAUGAUACUCACUUUAAAUGUCUGUUGUGCAAUUAAAAUGUUCUUUUGUAUUGAAAA